AUGGCUAGUCGGGGAAAUUCGUAUGAAGGCCAGUCGGGAGGGGAAGAGAUACUCAUUCAGUGCUUGAAGAUUCAAGAAAUUAUUGAUGGUUAUGUGAUGAUAAAAGCUAUACGGUAUAUCAGUGCUGAAGAAGAAGAUGAUCAUAUUUUAUGGUUUAGUGACAGUGAGGAUGGACACUCUAUCUUCGGGAACCAUGUAGUUUGUCCAGAGAAGCUGUCGAAUGCUUUUAGUCAUUCUAAGCGAAUUCAAGCCCCCAAUCCGAGUGGUCAAGAUGAAGAGAGAGGACGCCCUCAUGGAAUGGUCAGGACCUACACGAUCAUGCCAUCUCCAUGCAACCCGAAGGCUUCAGACAACAGAUUCAACAAGUUCGAUACACCUCCAACAGCCGGAUUGUUCACCAAGGUCCCAUCAAAGCCCACAAACCACUCCAAAUUCACCGGAAAAUGCAGUAAGCCAAGGUGCAUAGAGUGUCACGUGCACCCAACUCGCAAGUCCAAGGAAAAGACCAAGGGAUUCCAUAAGGUAAAGUCACAUGAUAGGGACGUGAAUUGGGGCGCCGUGUACGGAGCCGCUGGGUUUUCUGUGACGGAGAUGCUGGACCAUUUGACUACUGACGAUGAAUGUCCACCAUCACAACCACUCAAUCAAGGACCUUUGAGACUACCCCCUGCCCCAACUGUUCUACCUCCUUCCAACUCGAGGCAAUUCGAGUAUGACCUAGACCAAUUCGUUAAAAAUAAGUAG